AUGGCUGUUUUUUCACAUUCACUUGUCUCGGCGACGCAAUCUCCGGCGGCCUUAUCCCGGCCUACUCCGACUCUUUGUACGAUUACCACCUUCUCCCUGUUUAAAGCUGCUUCCUACUGCAGCAAACUUCGUAGCAGCUACGGAAUCCGAAGUCCGAUUGUGUGCGCUCUCAGCAGUAAUGCCAACUGUACCUCCAGCUCCCGCUGUUCUACAGUCGACUCCCAGGAAAGUGAUGGAAUCAGAAAACUAUUGGAACCGGUAUUCGUUGCCUGCACUUCCCUGGCGUUAUCUUUGUCUCUACUUGUAGUCGAUGUUGGUCCGGCAUCGGCGUUCGUUGUAACGUCACCGCGGAAGUUACAAUCCGAUGAGCUGGCUACGGUUCGCCUCUUUCAGGAAAACACGCCUUCUGUCGUUUACAUCACUAAUCUGGCUUCCAAACAGGACGCAUUCACGCUGGACAUUUUUGAGGUACCCCAAGGCUCGGGAUCGGGUUUCGUGUGGGAUAAGGAUGGUCAUAUUGUCACCAACUAUCAUGUGAUUCGAGGUGCAUCUGAUCUUAGGGUCACUUUGGCUGACCAAAGCACUUAUGAUGCAAAAGUUGUUGGUUCCGAUCAAGAUAAAGAUGUCGCUGUUCUGCGGAUCAGUGCCCCAAAAGAAAAGUUGAGACCUAUUCCAGUUGGCGUAUCUGCAGACUUGCUCGUUGGCCAAAAAGUCUUUGCUAUUGGAAAUCCGUUUGGACUCGACCAUACACUUACCACUGGUGUUAUCAGUGGCCUUCGAAGAGAAAUUAGUUCCGCUGCCACUGGCCGUCCAAUUCAAGAUGUCAUCCAGACAGAUGCAGCAAUAAAUCCCGGUAACAGUGGGGGGCCUCUUCUUGAUAGUUCAGGGAGCCUUAUUGGGAUCAAUACAGCUAUUUAUUCUCCCUCUGGUGCUUCUUCUGGUGUUGGAUUCUCAAUUCCUGUUGACACAGUUAGUGGCAUUGUCGAUCAAAUAGUGCGGUUUGGUAAAGUUACCAGACCAAUUUUAGGAAUCAAGUUUGCACCUGAUCAAUCUGUAGAGCAACUGGGGGUAAGCGGUGUUCUUGUGCUUGAUGCUCCUCCAGAUGGCCCUGCUGGAAAAGCUGGCCUCAAGCCAACUAAACGUGAUGCCUAUGGUAGACUUAUCUUGGGGGAUAUUAUAGUAUCUGUCAACGGGAAGAAGGUCUCCAACGGUAGUGAUUUGUACAGAAUUCUUGACCAAUGUAAAGUAGGUGAAAAGGUGACUGUUGAAGUGCUUCGUGAUGAUCACAUAGAGAAGAUCCCAGUGACCCUUGAACCGAAACCUAGUGAUGAGACAUAG